AUGAACGCAUCGCUGAGGAGCGAGCGGCGUGGUAGGUCACGAACAGGGGUGGUGGGGGCCACGGAGAGUGCGUCGCAGAUACACACAGCGCAACUUCUGGGCCGUAGCAAUGAGCUUCUGCAUGCAAGCCGGGCCUUCUCGGCGUGGGCGGCCGCCAUCCGACAACGCAGACUGCAGACGCACUUGAAGAGGUGCUCCACGAUGUUGAAGCACAACUCUCUUCGCCAGGAGUACACUCGGUGUUUCAUGCGGUGGCUCGCCUUUACCCAAAUGCGAACCUCCGAGAAUGUGCGAUCGGCCAUUCGUCUGCGUCAAGACGUGCCGCUGCGGUCCAAGGCGGACUUCCUCGCCCUAGCACGUCGGUACUUCGCCAAGUGGCGCGCACAUGUGCGGAGGCGCAAGCAGCGCACCGUCACCAACGUAGAACUGCUCGAGGCGCUCAACAAGGAGCGACUCCGCAGCCGCAGGCUACUCAAGUGGUGGCGUUUCCACAACGUGCAGACAAGGAAGCACUGCGCCACCGGGAUUGCCGAACGGGAAGAUGCGAAUCGGAAGCUGCAGCAGGAGUUACAGAAAGCCGUGCAUGAGACGAAGGCCUUACGUGAUCAGCUCCAUGCGGCUCGUCAGCAGCAGUCAGAACUGCAGAAUGACUUGGAGAUCAGCCGCGGCGACAUCGGCGCCUCGGAGCAGCAGCGUCAAAGGGAGGUCGACGAGCUGCGUGAGGCGAUACAGCAAGCAGUGAAGCUACUGGACGGGCCGUCGAGUCUGCGUUUGCGCUCGCUGCACAAGUGGAGCAUCGUCGCAGCAAAUCCUUGCAGCCCCUCAGGUGUCUCGAAGCCACGGCCGCCGUCUCCCGAAACCCUGCUGAAGAGCGCCCGCCAGUCGAAGGACACUGCCGAAGCCUUGCUGUGCGCUGUGGGUGACACCCUCGCAUCCCUUUCAUUGAUCGCCAAAAUGCCUAAGCCGCCCGCGUCGUUCGAGGAGUGCGCCGCGCACCUGCACGAGCGACUCAGGGAAGAGACGGAGGCCACCACCAUCAAGGCGCAGCGCGAUGAGCUGGCCUCGGCAGCGCAAACGGCGCGUGCCUCUCUGGCAGCGGCAUCUUCGCUGCUGCAAAUGGUCUCCCCGGCCGAUUCCGACUGGGAGUCGAGCCACGGGCCGUCGCUGACGACCUCACGCCUGGGAGACGGGCCCAACAAAUCGGGCCUGCACUCUGUGCUUCGCAAUACGGGCGGCGGUCAGCGCUCCGGCGCAGCAGUCGUGAACUUUGACCGACCCUCAUCCGUGGCCCCGGGGGUGCGAAAGGAGACACCGCCGUCGAUCCGCCCUCCAGCCUCCCCGGCGGAUACAACCUUCAUUGACUACCAGAAACUGCCGCGGCUACUUGUAGAGGACGCCAAGGCUGCCUUCGGCGCCAUUCAGGCGAUGCGCCAGGACGGCAGGCGAUCCUCGGACGAGGUGGUGAAUUUGCAGGGUGCUGCGCUCCGUGCCCUCGACGCGUUCGGCGGCCGCGGUGCCACGAACACCAACUUCAUGGCGAAGCCGAAGGAGUCGGUUGAAGAGCGCGCCAGUCGAUCAGCCAACAUCGCCGAUUCGCUGCGCACCCUCUGCGAAAACAUGGACGCAGUACUGGUGCUGACAUCAUUGUGGUCCGGCAAAGGCGCGUCGGAGAAGGUUAGCGUGGCACUGGAGCGGCUGUGGCACCGCACCCAAGAUCUAGAAGCCGCCCAUGCCGACGACCUGCAGCAUAUGGCGCAGUAUGCUGCGGUGGUGCACACCUCAGUCGCCAUUCUGCGACCCCCUCCUGCCACACCGCCGUCGACCAUGAGUCAGAGGACUGCCGCACUGUUGGCGCGAAGGCAGCAGAAGGCGCCGCCGGACGAUGUCGUGGCUACGCCUCAGCAAGUCGAGGUAGCACGCCGUAGCGCCGGGCACUUGGCGACCAAGGGCGAUCGAAAACCCACAGAGCUCAUAGAGCUGUGCUUGCAAGCUCAGCAACGAGCAGCAGCGGAGCAGCCCAGUCUACCGACGAAUGAGUUUGACGGGCUGGCGAAGAGUGCGCACGAAAUCAUAGAAGUCGCCAUAGGCAAGAGCCGUUGUGGAGAAAAAGGAGUGCGGUUUUCUGCGGCACCCAGUAGCCGCCCUGGCAGGUCUAGGGUCGCACCGGAGACAUCCAACUCAGCAGCAGGAGGAGCUGAGGCGUCACGCAGCGGUUCCAUGCACCCUUCAACCGCCGAGGCGGUGGCAAAAGCCUUGACGGCUGCGGCUGCGGUAGCCGCAGAGGCGCUCAGUAGCUCUGACGGGGUUGUCGAUAACUCCCUUGUCGACGCCAUUGUGCGUGCGCGGGGGCAGGUGCGCCAACUUCAAGAGCAACUGAAGGACCUCGCUCUGUCGGAGCUGCAAAACGAAGAGGCAAAGAAGCGGCUGCAGGCAGAGCUGAAAGAGACGGUGACGCGCAACAAAGUCAGCGAGAGAGCUCGAAAGAAGUAUGUCGACGACUUCGACAAGGGCCGCAGCGUCGCCGAGAGGGAUCUGCAGAGGCAGCUGAGAGAACUGCAACGGGAGGCAGCGCAGAGCGCGCAAGUCUGCAGGAGUCUCGAGAAGGAUCGAAGGGAACUGGAGGAGGGCAACAAGGCGAAGGAUGUAGCAUUGCAAUCACAGACGGAGGCAACGCAUAGGUUGAGCGAGGAGGUGGAGAGCCUGCGAAGGCAGCUGGCUGCAGCCGAGUCCGAAAACUCGAUGAGUGGCGAAAAGAGAGAAGUGCUGCGUCGGCAUCUUGACGACCUGCAGCGGCAACGGGCGGAUUAUGACGCCGCCGUCGCGGAGCUGGAGACCCAGCUUUGCUCCGCGCACGACGCUAUCGAGACGGCUGCUGUCGCGCACCAUGAGCUGGCGAGGCAGCUGUCGGAUGUUGAAGAGGCGAAUCGAAGAAACAAUGCCAUGAGUGUGUUCCUGCGCGAUGUACUGCGGGACUGCUUGACGCGUCUGCAUCACUUGACGCAUAACUGGAGUGCUGCGGCAGCGUGGGAGCGGUCGCUCACACUUCAGCAAGCACCCGACAGGCCGCCACCGAUACUGACCCGCGGCAGCGACCCGUCCGACUACGUAGAGUACUUGUUGCAACUGGACGGCAACGACACGAUGGGGAAGCUUCUGGUGCAGCAGCACCUGCGCGAGAACAUGGCGGUGCAAAGGUUGCGGGAACUCAGUGUGGAUGGAGGGGUGGCAGGCGCACCUCGUUCGGGGUCGGCGGCAACGCCUGUAGGUCACAGCGUCCGUUUCGACGGUGCCGAUCCAUCCACCUGGGAGGUUGUCGCGGAGCUGCACAAUCGCCUUGUCCUCCUGUACGACCUCAUUGCCGAUGUGGACGAUAGCGCGGUGGAGCAACGUGCGCGUAUUGGCACACUUACAGUAGUGAAGGGCCAGCCGAGGGCAGACGUGCUGAAGGCGCUUGUUGAGCUUAAGCCAUGGUCGUCCGCUGCCGCGGUCGCGGCUCACACAGAACAUCACGUGGCACCGAGGUCGUCCGAAGACGGCGCCGAGUCGUCGCCUCACGGCCACGCCUUGCGGAUAUCCUGUGCUGAAGUGGCGCAGGCGCUGGAGGAGAUGGAAAAGGUGGCGGCUCGAACGCGACCGUUGAUGGAGAUGCGUUCUUCCGGAUCGCCGCUCCGCCGCGCAAACGUUAAAGGGCCGCUCGACAUGCCGAGCACUGAUGGAGCUGCUACGAAGCGGCUGCUGUCGCUGGUGGCAGAUGUGCAGGACAUGGCGCACUGCUUACAGCAUCUGUCGGAGUCCGUCAUACACGCCAUUGUUGCCCUUGGUGGCACGCCCGAUGAAGGAGAAGCAAAUAUGUCGAACAUCAUGGAGCGCCGAGACAGCGCGAGCUCGCCCAUGGCCGCCGCAGCGACGGAGAGCACUGCAGUCAAGCGCCACACACAGGCUGGGGCUCAGACUGGGUGUGUAGACAGUCGCAUGCUCGCCACCCGUCUGGAGGCGAUAUGCAAGGAGACGGGCACAUCCGUCCAGGAGCUGAAGCAGCUGCUAGGCGUCAGGGAUGGUGUCAGCGGCGCUUCCUGCGAAAGCUCGACGAAGGGGAUUGACAAGCCACUGAAACUGAGAGACCUGCUGCCGUUCACUCGCACCAAGAUGCAGGAGUUGCAAGAGGUGAAGCAGGAGUCGGAGCGGAUACUGACCGGACUGAACCACGCCUUCAGCGAUGACGACUCGCUCUCCACCGCGUCCUCGACCCAGCGCUCGCUGAAGCGGAAGCGAAAGCCGCUACCUGCCCUCCAGUGCACACCCGAGAAGGGCCUGCGUCUCAUGCAGCAGGAAAUGGAGGGCCGCGUGAAGACGUCUAGGCGCCCUGGUGACUACGCCAGCCUGCUACAGGACCCAAAGGUCACGGUGCGGGAGCGCAUCGGCGACUUGCAAAACCUUCGUUUUACGUGUUGCUCAAUCCUGCAAGUUCUGGAAGGCCGCCUUGUCAAGGGCGACGAGGCGGAGAAGCCGCCCAAGUACGGUGAGUCCCUGAUGGCCAUGCUAACUUCACAGCUCGUGGAUCUCAAGCAGGUUCUGCCAGAGACAGAGGAGGCCCUCGCCGGCUACCGCAGCACUCUGCUCAAUGUCACCGUCGGUACACGACUGCACAUGCUGUGCGGCGUGGUUCGCUCUCUGAAACUGGAGCGCGACUCGCUCAAAGAGGACCUGGCGCGCUGCAGUCUACAGGGCCAUAUGCUGCUGAGCGAUUUCAGUGAGGAGACGAAGGCGCUUCGUGCGAUGAUUGCUCGUCGCGAGGAAGAGCAGGCGCGCCACGCGAGCGAAAUGGCCAGCGCAUCUGGCGAGACCGAUGCUCAGAAGUGUAACGUAGCGAAGUUGACGGCGAAGCUGACAUCGUUUGAGCAUGAGCGUAACUUGCUGUGCGACGCCCUCGUUCACACCCUGCGCAACUUGCCAGGCACGCCAUACCGACGCGUUCCUCUCGUCGGGAUGCAGAGGAACCUGCUCGCUGCCUUGAAAGAGCAGGGAGAGCUGCUGACGGCGUAUGUGGAGGCAGCCCUUCAGCGUGCCAACGCACAUCAGCAGCACCUGCAAGACAUCCUUCAUGGCUCCCUCAGCGAACUGCGCUGCGACAUGGCAGCACUGCGCGCGGAGGUGACGAACAGCUGGGAUAUCUACGGCCGACAUAUGGCGAGCGCAGCAGUGCAGCAGCUUGUGGAGACGGCGGAGGUGUUGACGCUGGAAAACAACAUGUUGCGUCCACGCGCGAUCGAGCGGGAGCAGCUGAAGCUCGAGAAGGCGGACUUGGAGGCCGCGCUGGCGGAUGCGGAAGCGGCUCGCGCGGAUGUCUUGGCUCGUCUGGAGCACGCUGAGGAUGAGAACACGCAGCUGCGGAGAGCAGUGCGGGACGCGCAGAUAGCGCAGGCGCUCACCAACGGCGAUGACGACGACCAGGCCGGCGAUAGAAGGAGCCGAAGUGGUGAAAAGGUGCCGCGGACGCACUCGGUGGACUGGGAGCGGCGCAUGAUCAAGGGUGCCACAGGACUGUCGAUGGACAUGGUCGACUCGAUGAGUGGCACGUCCAUGUCAUCUGUCUUCGGCUCCGUUGUCGAGGAGACGCUGCGCAUUUACGCGGGCGUGCGACACAGUUUGCGGGAAAUGGUUGCAGCCUGUGAGGCGGCGCGCGGCAAGGACAACUGUCACGUGCGGAUCGCAGUUGAGGAGCAACUGCAUGAAUUGCGAGAGCUGGCCGAAUCCGCCGACUUCCUGAGGUCGCGUCUACCAGUGCUGUACCGUGUGCCGUAUCAGUGA